AUGUGGAAAUUAUUACGGAUCAAGGACAUCAAAAUCGAUAAAGACGGUAAAGUUAGGAACGUUCAGGUGGAAACUCCCACUGGGAAACUUCUCGAUCGUCCAAUAAAUGUCUUGUAUCCUCUCGAAGUUAAUGAUGCAGAAAUUCAUCUUGAACCUAAUAAGAAAGAAAAUAUGAAAAUUCCGGAAACCGAACAGAACACUGAGGAGCUCCAGGAACCUAUUGCGAUGCAAACUAGGAGCGACAAUCUCGAUUAA